AUGGACGCCCUGCAACUGGCAAACUCGGCUUUUGCAGUUGACCUCUUCAAAAAACUGUGUGAAAAGGAGCCGGCAGACAAUGUCCUGUUCUCUCCAAUCUGUCUCUCCACCUCCCUGUCACUUGUUCAAGUAGGAGCCAAAGGCGACACAGCCAGUGAAAUCGGACAGGUUCUUCAUUUUGAAAAUGUCAAAGAUGUGCCCUUUGGAUUUCAAACAGUAACGUCGGAUGUAAACAAACUUAGUUCUUUCUACUCGCUGAAACUAAUCAAACGGCUCUACGUAGACAAGUCUCUGAAUCCAUCUACAGAGUUCAUCAGCUCCACGAAGAGACCCUACGCAAAGGAAAUGGAAACUGUUGACUUCAAAGAUAAAUUGGAAGAAACGAAAGGUCAGAUCAACGACUCAAUUAAGGAUCUCACGGAUGGCCGCUUCGAGAACAUUUUAUCCAACAACAACGUAAAUGAUCAGACCAAAAUCCUUGUGGUCAAUGCUGCCUACUUUGUUGGAAAGUGGAUGAAGAAGUUCCCUGAAUCAGAAACCAAAGAAUGUCCUUUCCGAGUCAACAAGACGGACACCAAACCAGUGCAGAUGAUGAACCUGGAAGCCAUGUUCUGCAUGGGCAACAUCGACAGCAUCAACUGCAAGAUCCUAGAGCUCCCCUUCCAAAACAAGCACCUCAGCAUGCUCAUCCUGCUGCCCAAGGACCUGGAGGAUGAGUCCACGGGCCUGGAGAAGGUUGAAAAACAGCUCACCUCAGAGACGCUCUUGCAGUGGACCAAUCCCAGCACCAUGGCCAACACCAAAGUCAAACUCUCCCUUCCCAAAUUUAAGGUGGAAAAGACGAUCGAUCCCAAGGCUAGUCUGGAAAACCUAGGGCUGAAAAAUAUCUUUAAUGAGGACACCUCUGAUUUCUCUGGAAUGUCAGAGACCAAGGGAGCAGCACUGUCCAAGGUCAUUCACAAAGUGUGCUUAGAGAUAACCGAGGAGGGCGGGGAUUCCAUCGAGGUGCCGGGGUCGCGGAUCCUGCAGCACAAAGAUGAGUUCAAUGCUGACCAUCCAUUUAUUUACAUCAUCAGGCACAACAAAACGCGAAACAUCAUUUUCUUUGGCAAGUUCUGUUCUCCUUAA